AUGACAUCAAUGAAAAUUAUAGAUAAAAUUCAAAAGAAAAAAGAAAGUAAUACACCAUUUUAUUCAUUCGAAUAUUUUCCACCAAAAACCAUGGAAGGUGUACAAAAUUUAUAUGACCGUUUAGGUAGAAUGUUAUUGUUUGAACCAUUGUUUAUAGAUAUUACAUGGGGAGCAGGUGGAUCAACAUCAGCCUUAACCUUGGAAAUUGCAGAGAAGGCACAAAACGUUUGUGGUUUAGAAACAAUGAUGCAUUUAACCUGUACCAAUAUGCCAGUGAGUGAGAUUAUCUAUGCAUUGGAUAAAGCAAAAUCAACAGGUAUUAGAAAUAUAUUGGCAUUACGUGGUGACCCACCACGUGGUGAAGAGUGGAAAAAGAUUGAGGGUGGAUUUGCAUACGCAGCAGAUUUAGUUCGUUUCAUUCGUGAAAAGUAUGGCGACUACUUUUGCAUCAGCGUAGCAGGCUACCCAGAGGGUCAUUCAGAUUGCGUGUCCAAGGAGGAGGACAUUCGUUAUCUCAAAGAGAAGGUAGACGCCGGCGCAGAUUUCAUCAUCACUCAAUUGUUCUAUGAUUGCGAUAUCUUUUGCGAGUUUGUUGAAAAGUGUCGUUCCGUUGGCAUCAAUUGUCCAAUCAUACCGGGUAUCAUGCCAAUUCAAACCUAUGCUGGUUUCGUUCGUAUGACCACUCUCUCAAAGACAAAGGUACCACAAUACAUCAUGGAUAACCUCGAACCAAUCAAAGAUAACGAUGAGGAGGUCAAAAAGUAUGGUGUACGUUUAUGUGUUGAAAUGAGUAAGAGACUAUUGGAUUUCGGUGUUGAGGGUUUACACUUUUACACACUCAAUUUGGAACGUUCCGUUAGAAAGGUUUUAAAGGGUCUUCAAUUGGUCACACCAGACCAACUCUCACCAUUCUUACCAUGGGCUCAAUCGGCUGCUGGUAACCGUUUAAAGGAAGAGGUCCGUCCAAUCUUUUGGCAAAAUCGUCCACGUUCUUAUAUCGCUCGUACUGGCUCCUGGGAUGAAUUUCCAAAUGGUCGUUGGGGUGACUAUAGAUCACCAGCAUUUGGUGAUCUUUCCGAUUACCAUUUAGGUGGUGUCACACCUCCACCAGGUGGUUCUGCAAAUAAUAAUACCACCACCACCACCACUGGUGACUCUGUUGUUGUUCCAAAUAUUUAUGGUGAUUCACCACAAUCAGAACAAGAUGUUUAUAAUGUUUUCGCUUCCUAUUGUUCAGGUAAUAUCAAGAGACUACCAUGGAAUGAUUCACCAUUGUCAUUGGAAUCUGAAAAUAUUAAAGAGCAAUUAGUAUUUUUAAAUAAGAAUGGUUUCCUUACAAUCAAUUCACAACCUGCAAUCAAUGGUUUACCAUCAACCGAUAAACAACAUGGUUGGGGUGGUAAGAAUGGUAUUGUCUACAAAAAAGCAUACAUUGAAUUCUUUGCCUCACCAGAGAAUACCUUAAAACUCAUCGAAUACUUUAAGAAAUGUCCAAUGAUCACUUAUCAUGCAGUCAAUCGUAAAGGUGAUAGUAAAACCAAUACCAAAGGAACUAACGCCGUCACUUGGGGUAUCUUCCCAGGUAAGGAAAUCAUUCAACCAACAGUUGUUGAUCAUAAUUCUUUUAUGGUUUGGAAGGAUGAAGCUUUUGCUCUCUGGGAAACUCAAUGGUCUUCAACUUACUCUCCAUCAUCAACUUCUCGUACUCUACUCGAUUCAAUGAUCAAUAAUUAUUAUCUCAUCAAUAUCGUUGAUAAUAACUUUAUAAAUGGUAAUAUUUUCCAAUCAUUCACUGAUUUAGUUAAUAAUUUAUCAUCACCAGUACUUUCUUCCUCUUCAAAUGGUAUUCAAUCUUCAACUACUUCAAAUACUGCCUCAAUUUAA